AUGACCACGCCGAUCAACGAAGUCGCCGGCAAUGAAACGUGCCAAACUAUCGAUAAGAUAGCAAGCAACUUUAUCUCUCAAAAUCAUGAUAACACUUUAAGCCCUCUCAGGCUUGCCAAUAUCUCCAUUUCAGAAUUUUCGACCGCCUUGUCGAACCAUUUAUCGGUACUUAACGAGGGUGGCAGCAUUGCCUUUGGUCGUGGAGAAGAUCUGACCAGCAAGAGACUGAGCAAGAGCCUAGAGAGCCUCUUCUCGGUUACAACACCGUCCGUGAGGGAAGGGCCACCGCUGACCUGGACGAGGCUUGUUAUAUUUGCAGGUCCCCAAUAUGAUGGCCCAGCGCAGCUCAAAGUCGGGGAUUCUAGCGUCGAGCUGUCAGAAAAUGAUCUUAAACUCUUACGCUCUGGUAGGCCUUGGCGAUUUCUCUUCCCUUGGCCAGACAAAGAUGAUUGCGACAAAGAACUUCAAUUAAACGACAUGGUUUUACAGGAGCUUGUUGAUGCUAGGAAAACAAUAGGCGAAGUCUUGGAGCAAAUUUCGCUUGUUGCGCGACGUCUCCGGAAUCACCGUGAUCUAAUUUCUCGGCUGUCCGAAAAUAAGCACCAUGCCAAUCACCGAGGAGGAGCUCCAACAUUAGACCAUACUUUAUCCUCUGUUCCAAAUGAAGAGGUUUUUGGUCAUGUUGCCUCGGCAGAAAAUGAGAGCUCAGUCUACCGAGAUUCACCAUCCACCCCUACGACUAUCCAGUAUGCUAGCAAUGACCAGUCGGAUCAGCCGGCUAACAUUGAUCUAAAUGAUUUAGCUCUACCAGAAGGUGCCAUUGCGAGGAACAACCUGCAACGAGAUGGCUCGUGGUCCGAGAAAAAUGCAAGACCAAGACUCAGGCUACAUGCAUCCGACUUCAUUCAGAUUUUGAGCGAGAUCCUUGAUGAUCCUAUGAAUGAGGAAGUAAUGCGUUGGUCAGAAAAUGGGCAAUCUGUCCUCGUCGCCCCAGAAAGCAAAUUUCCUGCGCAUAUGCUUUCAAGGACGUCCUCUAAAAGCUACCAAUCUCUCGUUCGGCGGCUUUAUUACUUUGGAUUUCGUAAGGUCGGGGGCGCCUUCCAUCAUGAAUCCUUUAGUCGCGGUCAGUCCAGCUCCAUACGACCGACUCGGGAAAUGAGCCACAGCCCUUCACUUCCAUCGCCUUUAUCCAAUAGCACUUCUCAACGUGGGCCUCGGUACAAAAUCAUCAAAAGAAGGCGGACGACAGAAAUUGUUUGA